AUGAUUGGAAAAGAGUCAGAUCUCCAAAACAUACAUAAUAACAGUUUUUCUUUAGCUUUCAAAAACCAUCCACCAAACUUGAAAGAAGGAAGAAUUAAAGUCAGAUCAAGAAUCGUUUUGUAUCUUUCUAAGUUGCGUAUUUGUAAGGUAAAAGGUGAAAGAUUACAGCAAAAAAUGACAGUAGUUCACGUGAUCGAUGUUGAAAGUGGUAAUUUACAAUCGCUAACCAAUGCAAUUGAACAUUUAGGGUACCAAGUACAACUGGUAAAAUCACCAGAAGAUUUCAAUAUAAACGAAAUGUCGAGAUUGGUCUUACCAGGUGUCGGAAAUUAUGGUCAUUUCGUAGACAAUUUGUUUAGUCGAGGAUUUGAAAAGCCCAUAAAGGAAUACAUCGAAUCGGGGAAACCAAUAAUGGGUAUUUGCGUUGGUUUGCAAGCGAUGUUUGCCGGUUCUGUUGAAAGUGCUGGGAGUCCAGGCUUAAAUUACAUUGAUUUCAAAUUAUCCAAAUUCGAUGAUUCAGAAAAGCCUGUUCCAGAAAUAGGUUGGAAUUCUUGUAUCCCUUCCGAAGACCUGUUCUUUGGGCUAGACCCAUACAAGAGAUAUUAUUUUGUUCAUUCAUUUGCUGCCAUUUUAAAUUUGGAAAUUGAAAAAUCGCUACAAAGUGAUGGUUGGAAAAUCGCCAAGGCCAAGUAUGGCUCACAAGAGUUUAUUGCUGCCAUCAACAAAAAAAAUAUCUUUGCUACUCAAUUUCACCCAGAAAAAUCUGGCAAAGCUGGUUUAGAUGUUAUUGAAAACUUCUUGAAGCAACAAAAUCCUAACAUUCCAAACUAUACCCCAGAGGAAAAAAAGCUAUUAAUGAAUGACUAUUCAAAUUAUGGUCUUACACGUAGAAUUAUUGCGUGUCUUGAUGUGCGUACUAAUGAUCAAGGUGAUCUCGUGGUUACUAAAGGCGAUCAAUAUGACGUACGUGAAAAGGACGUUGGUAAAGAUGUCAGGAAUCUUGGUAAACCUGUACAAUUAGCACAGAAGUACUAUCAACAAGGUGCGGAUGAAGUCACGUUCUUGAAUAUUACUUCCUUUAGAGAUUGCCCUCUAAAGGACACUCCAAUGCUAGAAGUUCUGAGGCAAGCUGCUAAGACGGUGUUUGUGCCGCUGACUGUUGGCGGAGGUAUUAAAGACAUUGUUGAUGUUGAUGGAUCUAGGAUCCCUGCUUUAGAAGUGGCAAGUCUAUACUUCAGAUCAGGUGCUGAUAAGAUCUCAAUCGGUACAGAUGCAGUUUACGCUGCUGAAAAGUACUACGAAUUGGGAAACAAAGGAGACGGAACAUCACCAAUAGAAACCAUCUCUAAAGCAUACGGUGCUCAGGCAGUCGUUAUUUCGGUGGAUCCCAAAAGAGUAUAUGUAAAUUCACCAACGGAUACCAAAAAUAAAGUCUUCAAGACCAGAUACUUGGGGCCUGAUGGACAAGAUUAUUGCUGGUACCAAUGUACAAUUAAAGGUGGGAGAGAAGCAAGAGACCUUGGUGUGUGGGAGUUAACAAGGGCUUGCGAAGCCCUAGGUGCUGGUGAGGUUUUACUGAACUGUAUAGACAAGGAUGGUUCUAAUUCUGGUUAUGAUUUGGAAUUGAUAGACCACGUCAAAGAAGCAGUCAGAAUUCCAGUCAUCGCUUCAAGUGGUGCUGGUGUUCCUGCGCAUUUUGAGGAGGCUUUUCUGAAGACUGGUGCAGACGCUUGUUUAGGUGCGGGUAUGUUCCAUAGAAGUGAAUACACCGUUAAUGACGUGAAGGAAUACUUAUUAGAGCACGGCUUGAAGGUCAGAAUGGACAAAGAAUGA